AUGUAUUGUGACACUAACAACUUCCUCAAUUGCAUUGCGUGGUUCAAGCAUGCUGACUUGGAGUGCCUGGGUUAUGACAAGUCUAUCACAAGAGUUGACUGUGGCUUCAAAAUGGCCUUGCAGGGGGAAGUUAAGUCAGCACAUGUGGCAAUGGCCAAUAUUGUAUCAGUGAUCUACAACAGCAAUUUGACAAUUGGCCAAUUGACCAGGAUCAUGGGCCUUACCUACCAACCCUCCCCUACUCAGACUGACUACUUGGUCGUAAAGGAUGCAUUUUUAGUUAGGAUGCACCCCUGGCACCUUCCCAUACAAGACGAUCAGUUCUCUGUGCAGGCUCUCUUGAUGAUGGAUGGCAUUAGUGGCCACCAAGUUGCAGACAGCUUGCCAUCCAUUUUGAAGGCAAUGACUGUAGACUGUGAUAUCUGGAUCCACUAUUGCACAGUAUUUCACACCCCAGUUGUCAAAUGCACUUGGUUCUCUUGCCGCUAUUCACUACAAGGUCAUCUUGAAGCAUGCAGGCGUGGCAUUAUGUACCGUAACAUCAGCAACAGUAACAUUUGGUUCUGGGUUCCUCAAACCAACCCCCAUGGUAAACCGCACUUCGCCACUCUGGAAGUCCCUACACCCUGGUUUCCUAAGCAUACAGGGAUGACUAGAGAUUUUGGCCUUGGCCUGAACUUAUUGGAUAAAGAUGGCACAGCUAAUGCUGUGACUAUCACUGGAACUUUUCCUUUUGGCACCAUGGCCGACUCAAAUGAGGCUCUCCACAUGACACAUAACCUAGAGUUGUACAUCUUUCUUCUUUGGGUCAUUGACAUCAAUCUCAAGGAUCUGUACCAUCAGGUCAAACACUGGCUUCCUCCUCCAAAGAUAAGACCUAUUCUUGACAAUUCUAUGAACAACAACAACAGCAACCUGAUCUCCAGCAAAUUACACCUACCCACCUUCAACUGGCCUGGCAAGGCAAACCUCCUUCCUCAUUUGAGCGGUUUCCUGCAAUGCAACAUACUCCUACCAAAUGUGCUGAUGAAGAAUCUGAAAGGUGGAAUGUGA